GAAUCGAACAAUGGAAGGAACAAAUUGGACUGCGUUAAAAAAAAAUAAUUAUAUUCAAAAUGACUCAGUGUAUCAGAGAUGUUACAUAUAUAUUCAACACAUAUUUUUCAAAAUAAUUGGACUGUCGCCUUGGGCGAUAGACACUGGACCCACUUCCAAAAAUCGUAAAAAUAAGAAUCGAAACUACGAAUUCAAUAUUUCUUACAUUGGAUUGAGUUACAAUAUUUUAUUGUCUUUGGGAAUAAUUAUAUAUGGUUUCUAUAGAAUAUUUGAUAAAUCAUUAGCUCAGGCUAGUGAUAAGUCACCAUUACUAUCAGUGAUACUUAAAAUGAUAUUCAUAACAAUACUAUGCGCAAGUUUACUACCGCUUAUUUACAUAAUUAGACAAAAAAAACUAAUAAGUGUUAACAAUCGAUUCAAAAAUAUCGACCGAGUGUUGAACAAGUGCGCGAAUUAUGAAAUUCAAAAUAAUCGUGUCAAUGAUUUUAUAUUUAUUGCCAAUUUGUUAAUCACUUAUUGUUUGAUAAUUACAGUGAGUUUUUUUUACUAUCCAGCGAGGAGAGUAUUUUUUAGAAAUAUACCAACAGUAAUUAGUGGCGGGGUUAUAAUACAGUACGCAAUGAUUCUUAAUAGAGUCGACAAAAGAUUCAAAAGCAUCAACUCGACUAUUUCGAAAUUGGUUAAAUUUAAAUCGAAUGCAACUCAACCACAAAUAUUAUUUUUGACAUAUAAAGUACUGUCGCGUGAAUCGUUUUUUAAUGAUAUUGAAAAUCUUAAAUAUGCUUACAUGGAAUUGUGGGAAAUGUGUCAAGAUAUUGGCGAUUUUUACGGAGUUCCCAUUUUGAUUGCCAUGUUCUGUUUCGCUGUAAAAACUAUUAUUACUGUAUAUACUAUUAUUUUGUCAUUAUUUGAUGUACUCACUAUUCAUAUUGAAUGGCCAGUGGAUUCAACGUGUUUGCUAUGGAUUAUUUUUUUGUUCAUUGUGUUAACUUCAAGUAUCACUAAAAUAAAGAAACAGAAUAAAAAAUUGGGAAGAACGAUAAAUUUACUAACGGAUCAGAAUUCAAUGGAUGAGAGAAUAAAAACUAAAUUAUCGAAAUUUUCGAGUGACCUCCGGAAUUUGAAGAUAGAAUUGACUGCUUGCGAUAUUAUACCUUUAGAUUGUAGGCUUCUAGCAAUUAUUACCGGUACAAUUGCAACUUAUCUCAUUAUUAGCAUCCAAUUUGCUCUUAAUGUGCCACCUGAUUCAUAAAAUAAAAAUUUAUUAUACUUUUUUAUUCAUGCGUGUCGUGUGCUUAAUAGAUAUUUUAUAGAAUUAGAAAUAUAUUAUUCGAUCUAUUUGUUUAUUCAAAACUUCGUGUGUACAUUAACUAAAUUACAAUUGACGAUUAAUAAGAUUCGAAAAUCGGAUUUUAAUAAUAUGUGACAUUGUAUCAUUAAAUCGUAUCUUCGGUAUUCGUGUUUGGUAUUGAUUUAAAAAAUUUAAAUUAUCACUAACGAUAGUAUAAAAUAUGAUAAAAAAGAAA